AUGAUUAUGUCAUAUUUUCCAAAAUAUGUGGCAAUAUUUGCCCUCUUUGUCCCGAGUAUUGGUGCGCUGGACACUUUUAUGGCUGCAGUCUAUGAACAUGCUGUUAUACUACCGAACAGAACAGAAACACCCGUGCCAAAAGGAGAAGCUUUGCUCCUGAUGAACAAGAACAUAGAUGUUUUGGAGAAAGCAGUUAAACUGGCUGCCAGGCAGGGUGCACAUAUCAUCGCUACCCCAGAAGAUGGAAUUUAUGGCUGGGUCUUCACAAGAGAGACCAUUGACCCCUAUCUGGAAGAUAUCCCAGACCCUGAUGUGAACUGGAUUCCAUGUAGAGAUCCCCAGAGGUUUGGCUACACCCCAGUGCAAGAAAGCCUCAGCUGCCUGACCAAGGACAAUUCUAUCUCCAUUGUGGCAAAUAUUGGGGACAAGAAGUCAUGCAAUGCCAGUGACCCUCAGUGUCCCCCCGAUGGUCAUUACCAGUACAACACCGAUGUGGUGUUUGAUUCUCAGGGAAAAGUGGUGGCACGCUAUCAUAAGUACAAUCUUUUUGCACCCGAAAUUCAAUUUGAUUUCCCCAAGGAUCCAGAAUUUGUGACUUUUGACACUCCCUUUGGGAAGUUUGGCAUUUUCACUUGCUUUGACAUUUUUUCUCAUGACCCGGCCAUCGUGGUGGUGGAUGAUUUUCAUGUUGACAGCGUUCUCUACCCCAUGGCGUGGUACAACACACUGCCCCUUCUCUCGGCUGUUCCCUUCCACUCCGCAUGGGCCAGAGCCAUGAGAGUCAACCUGCUUGCUGCGAAUACCCACAACACUGGCAUGCACAUGACAGGGAGUGGAAUCUACACACUGGAAGCUGUCCAAGGGUAUCACUAUGACAUGGAAACAGAGAGUGGCCAACUGAUGCUCUCAGAAUUGAAGUCCCGGCCCCGUAGUGAACCCAGCUACCCUGUAGCUGUUGACUGGAGUGCUUAUGCCAGAAGCAUCAAGCCAUUCUUGUCUGAGCAGUCGAAUUUUCUGGGAAUGAUUUAUUUUGAUGAGCACACCUCCAUUGAGCUUAAGAGAAACACGGGAAAUACAGUUUGCCAGAAAGACCUGUGUUGUCACUUAACUUACAAGAUGUCUGAGAAGCAAACAGAUGAGAUGUAUGCACUAGGUGGUUUUGAUGGACUGCACACAGUAGAAGGUCAAUAUUACUUACAGAUAUGCACAUUACUGAAGUGUCAAACCACUGACCUGAAAACUUGUGGGGAGCCUGUGGGGUCAGCUUUAACCAGGUUUGAAGAAUUCUCCCUUAGUGGCACAUUUGCAACACGUUAUGUUUUCCCACAGAUCAUUCUCAGUGGAAGUCAACUUGCUCCCGAGAGACAUUAUGAGAUUUCAAGAGAUGGACGUCUGAGGAGCCGGGGCGGAGCCUCUCUGCCUGUCUUAGUUACGGCCCUGCACGGAAGAGUGUUUGAGAAGGACCCUCCACGCCGCUUAGGGCAAGGACCUAGGAGAUGA